UGAAGGGGGCAGCAGUGCGAUGUUUAGAGCGGGGGUGGAGAGUUGGGGAGAGAUAGAGCAAAAGAGAGCGAGGCAGCCAAAGUGAGAUGGUAACGGCAGAGGACUGAAUAUCCACUUGGUGGGAAAGCAGCUAGUCGCGUUUCUUACUCAGGAGCAGCGGGACAUCUCUGUGCACACGGGUGUAUGGAGUGGUCUCCAUGCGUGCUAUCAGACCAUUUUUCUUCCGUUACUUCAACGCGUGUUUGUCUUCAUCUGUAUAAGUCAGACAAGGGGGGCUUUUGUUGUUGCGGAGCGCAUCCCGGGCUUGGAACUGAACUGGAACAAUCUCUUUGCAAAGUGCAGAUAGCCUACUUUUCCUCGUUGGACCUAACGUGUGUCUUUUGAAAUGUUCGUCGGAAGGAGAUCGUGUUGGAGGCAGUUGCAGGCGUCCUUUUUCAGGCUACUUUGUCUUAUUCCCACAGGAUUCCCCGUCCGGAGUGUGGAUAUGCAACGCCCGACCGACAACGUUACCGUACGUCAGGGUGAUACAGCUGUAAUCAGGUGUUACGUGGAUGACAAGGUGUCCAAAGUGGCCUGGCUCAAUCGGUCCAACAUCAUCUUCGCCGGCCAGGACAAGUGGUCCCUGGACCCGCGCGUGGAGCUGGUCACCAAGGGUCAGCUGGAGUACAGCCUGCGCAUCCAGAAGGUGGACGUGUACGACGAGGGCCAGUACACGUGCUCCAUCCAGACCAAGGAGCGCGCCCGCACCUCCCAGGUGUUCCUCAUCGUCCAAGUUCCUGCAAACAUCUACAAAGUGUCGGAGGACAUCACUAUAAACGAGGGGAACAAUGUGACACUGACCUGUCUCGCCAGUGGUCGACCAGAGCCGAUGAUUACCUGGCGGCUCCUAAACCCAUCAGCUGAGCCGCUGGAUGGCGAGGAGUACCUGGAUAUAUCAGGGGUAACACGGACUCAGGCUGGGCGAUAUGAAUGCAAAGCCAGCAAUGAUGUGGCCACACCAGAUGUCAAAUAUGUCAACGUGGUUGUCAACUAUCCUCCUUUCAUCAAAGAUGCCAAGAACUCUGACCCUCAGGUGGGCCGCAUGGGUGUCCUCCAGUGUGAGGCCUCUGCUGUCCCCAAGCCAGAGUUUGAGUGGUACAGAGACGACAAGAGGUUAUCUAACGGCCAGGGUCUCAGCAUCCAGAUGAUGGGGACCCGUACUCUCUUGUUGGUAUCCAACGUCACAGAAGAGGAUUAUGGGAACUACACAUGUGUGGCCACCAACAGGCUGGGCAUCCACAACGCCAGCGUGUUUCUCUACAGACCUGGGACUGGUAAAUCCCUCAACGGUGUGGUUGCGGUGACCCACUCAGUGUGGCUCCUGCUGGGCUGCCUCAUCUGCCUUCUCUUGAAAUGUUAAUAAGAGCAAAACGUCCUCCCUCCCUCCCGAGCCCCGUCACCAACAAAAUUACAUCCAGACUGUUUGCAUAAUCUUGCCAACCUUACCAGUGAGCUGCUGGCCACGCCCUAGUUACAUUUACCAUUUAAGAGAAAAGAAGCUACUAGAAUGGGCUAUUAAUAUGUUUUAGUAACAAAAGAAUACAAGAAAAAAUUGUGAAAUGUGAGUUUGAACAAAAGAGAAAAAAAGAUCUAUAAAACAAAAUCGUGCUCUUUUUAAGAAUGGAUUGUUGUUCAUUUUUUGAUUGUUUUUUUUGUUAGUUUUUUUGACUGUAACCAUUAAUUGUUUUCCUGUUGCUUUGGCUCAAUGUGUUCUGUAUCUGUGAUGCCAGGUGCUGUUCUGUGGUGCACAAGUCUUCACAAGGCAGGGAUUUUCAAAUCACAUGUGGCAACCUCCAACAAACAGACGACAUUUAGACACUGACCUCUCCUCUCCAGAGAGCGUAAGCCCUGCCAAACUCUUGAGCUUGUGGUGCUGUUUGUCACUCCCACAAGUUUUAGCUUUCUCUUAGAGGCAUAAUAUCCACAUAUUUACCUGCCAAAUAUCAGUAACACAUUAAAAAUAAACAAUAGCUAAAUAUUGAUGCCGAUCAUCCACUCAGAGAACAAAUACCACAAACCCGGAGAAUUGCAAUGCAGGAAGAGUUUGUUAGUUCGCAUACAUUAUUCACUUGCUAGCUAACCGGAGGCAUGAUUUGUACGUGAUUUCCAUCGCAACGCCACAACUGGUCCCGUCUUAACAGGCUUCAUAAUAGCUGGAGAGAUAAAAUUGUCUGCUCUGUUGCCAUCGCUAAGACAGAGGGGACAAUAGACAGUAAAUAAUAUGGUGAAGAUUUCAAGAUUGUGGUGAAGUCACAAGUGUGUUCUGCGGCCCCAAACAACAUCCAUUGGGUGGGUCCCUAUUUCAGAGCUGCGGCUGGUGAGGACAUAGGAGCAAAUGUCUAGUGAUGAACGUCACCUUUCUCUCUCCAAACUAAGUGUUAGGAAUUGAUUGCCCCCCUUCAGCUUCGACACUCUCCAGUUAUACUAAACUAAGUGGGUCACCAUACAGGCAAGUGUCAGGGCAUUGGAAAGGGGCCCAUAUUCCCUUUUCAUACCUUAGGAAUAGCUGAAGUAACGAAUUUUGGGAAAUAUACGUGUGACAUUAAUGAUUGGUCAGCUUUUAUUUAUCUAUUUUUGUUUUGUUUUCUUGUUUGUUUGCUUGUUUUGCAUAUGAAAAUUCACAAUAUAUAUUUUUCAGCCAUUUCAGUCUGCGACAGUGUGUAAAUAUAUAUACUUGAAUCCAAUGUCCUUAUAAAAAAAAGAACAAUUUAAUAUAUGUCCAUGUUUCUAAAUAGAUAGUCAUUUAUUGCGGAUUAACUCAUAGGUGCCUAUGAAGGCCGAAGAAAAUGAAGGCAACUAGAGGCAGAAUUUAAUAAAUUGUAUGUUUCAAAUGACCCAUUGGUGGGCCUUUGAAUCCUUGGCAUCUUUAUUUUUAUUUAUUUUUUAUUCUUCAUAGAAUGUAAGCAUUUCAGUAAACUAAGGAUUUGAGAUACAUAGCUAGAAUGACAGUGAGCUGAAUGCCAAAACAAUCAGAAAGCAUCUCGUGUCUAACAUCUAACAAUACAGAAGCCAUCACCAAGACCGGGCGAGUCUGUCUGAGAAUAUCUUUCAAGAAGCCACAGAAUGUUUGUAUGUGUUCAUCAUGCAACAUGCACAUUUAACAUUGUUUGAUUUCACACCUAACAAGUAAAAGUCUGUGUCAAAACGAGGCAAAAACUAAUCUCAAGAGCCUCAAAUAAACAGACUUCUAGUAUUACUGUGGGAGUUAGGACGGCUUUUUGAAAUCUCCUAACCCAGGGAAGAAAUCUACUCUUCUGAUAAAAAUCCACCUCUCCUCGCUCUGCAAGCUUUCAAAGGUUCAGCUUUGAUGCCUUGUGCUAAGUAACUAUUUUACAUCCCAAAAAUGCAGACAAUUCCCCAUCUGUUAUAGAUAACACGUGGCUGAAGAGUAGUGGUUACAGGCUGAUGGUCCUGAUCUAACAAGCACUGAUUUUUCCCUGUGCGGGAAUUGGGAGAUAGAGACUGUGUGUGUGUUUGUGUGUGUGUGCGUGUUUGUGUGUGUGUGUGUGUGUGUGUGUGUG